CUAACUUACUUUCUAUGCAUCUCGAUCGUACUGGCAUAUUAGAUAGAAAUUAAUGGUCGUACCUACAUCAUAAUAACACCCAUAACAUACACAGGACACAAAUAAAUGCCCUUACCGGGAUUCGAACCCUGAACCUCGUGUUUCGUAAUAGAAUAAAUGAAUGCAAUAGUCCCGUCUCAGUCUCCACUCCUCAAAUGUUUGCAAAUCAUACAGUUUAUUAAACCUUCACGUUUGACAGGGUUGAAGCUAGCCACAGGUAGGUGCAGCUGCAGGAUGCAGGACCGGUUCAUCGACCUGUGCUACGAGGCCGACCUCGACACGUCCGAGCACCCGGAGCUGCUGGAGCUGGCGCGCGAGCUGGUCAACGAGGACCCCGACACCCGCGCCGCGGCCAUCCAGGAUCUCCGCAAUAUGAUAUACGAGCGCGGCGAGUGCACGCCGCGGCGCAUGGACGACGCGUUCCUACUCAAGUUCCUGCGCGCGCGCAGUUUCGUCGUACGCCGCGCGCACAGACAUUUGGUGCGGUACUGCAACUUCCUGGAGCAAUACCCGUACCUGUACCGAGACGUGGACUUCUGGUCGCUGACGAAGGUGAAGGGCGCCUACGAGGCCGCCAUGCUCGACCCGCCCGGCGUCGGCCGCCUGCUCAUCGCCCGGUUCGGCACAUGGGACCCUGACGACUUCCCCGUGGAGGACCUGGUGCGCGCCGCGCUGGCCUUCAUGGAGAUCGGUCUGCGCACGCCGCGCGCGCAGGUGCUCGGUGGCACCGUCAUCUUCGACCUCGAAGGUAUCACCAUGAAGCACAUCGCCACACUCACGCCCACCGUCGCCUACCAGAUCGUUUGUCUGACCGGGUACGCGCUCCCCGGCAUAAUGCACAGCUGCCACAUCAUAAACUACAACUGGCUGCUGAACACCUUCUUCUUCCUCUUCAAACGUUUCAUCAGCAGGAAGGCGUGGGCCAAGAUCCACUUCCACGGCAGCGACCUGGAGUCGCUGCAGCGGCACCUCCCGCGCGAGUGCCUCCCGCCGCGCUACGGCGGCACCUGCCGGCUGCACACCGACUUCGAGACGGGCUUCAACAAGAUCAAGAAGUACAGAGACGAGGCGUUUGAUCGCGAGAUGAAGGAGUUUGGGUGGUUGAUGAAGGAGUGAUCUGUAGAGGGCCUUAUUAGCCUUGCCUUGCGGUUCAUUCAUUUUGACGGUCCUUGAGUAUGGUUUGUGUUGACUUCUCGGUUAUGCGUUUAAGGUUUAAGCAAAAAGGUGUCUGUCAUAAGUAUGCGUUUUGCAUGGUUCCUACAACGAUACAUAGUUUAGGAAGUCUGAUAUCAGUAAUAAUGUACUUAUGUCGGAGCGUGACUCCAGAAAGUCGUAUUGCAGCGUUACAGUUUGUAAAUUUAGACGCCUGUAUAAAAUCGAUUAGUAAUGUUGAGCUACGUAUUACUUGGUUGUAAUGAAAUUCCUAACGUAGAGAGCAACGCCGUCUAUUGGCGUGUUGUUGAACUAACUAAGAUGACAGGUAGAAGGCAUAGACAUAAUAUAUAUAUAGACGGUGUCUCAGCGAGCUGUCACUGUUGCCACUUUUGUUUAGUGUACGAUUAACAAUUUAACACCACCUUGCUGUAGCCAUGUCGAUAAAGUCAUAUCGAUAAACUAUCGACAUUUCUUACAAUUUUAAUUUUACUUCAAAGGUUUGACGAUAUCUAAAAUGAACAAAAACGCUUUUAUUCUUUAUUGUGGUUAUCAGAUCACAAUUUUAUCGUCACGCCCCAGCAGGGAACCAAGGGAAAGUUCAGAUAUUUAAUUAAAAUACAUAAAUACCUACUAAGAUAUGUGUUCCGCAAUAAUUGAAAUAUUUUAUUAUAUUCUAACUAGCUGUUGCCCGCGACUUCGUCCGCGUGGAAUCUUAUCUUCAACAUUUUACAUCUUUAGUACCUAUAAUUUUCAUAUCCAAGCAAUGUUGAAAUUAAGUACUUUUCUUUUUUAGCAAGUUGUAUGAAGUUUUAAGUCAAGUGGAUUUUGAUGUUGGUUGCUGAAAUUACUUUUCUUGUAUUCUCAUAAUAGGUACCUAUGCCCUUAUACAAAGAUUCAAGUCCCGCAUUCCGCACUCACAAAAUAUCUGAUCUUCAUACAAACUUUCAACCCCUUUCUCACCACCUUGGGGGAUGAUUUUCAAAAAUGCUUGAAUUAGUUUUCAUGUUUUUAGGGUUCCGUACCCAAAGGGUAAAACGGGACCCUAUUACUAAGACUUCGCUGUCCGUCCGUCCGUCCGUCCGUCUGUCACCAGGCUGUAUCUCACGAACCGUGAUAGCUAGACAGUUGAAAUUUUCACAGAUGAUGUAUUUCUGUUACCGCUAUAACAACAAAUACUAAAAACAGAAUAAAAUAAAGAUUUAAAUGGGGCUCCCAUACAACAAACAUGAUUUUUGACCAAAGUUAAGCAACGUCGGGUACUUGGAUGGGUGACCGUUUUUUUUUUGCUUUUUUUGCAUUAUGGUACGGAACCCUUCGUGCGCGAGUCCGACUCGCACUUGCCCGGUUUUUUUAAUUUAUUACCUUUUUUUUCCAAAAAGUUAAAGUUCCUAGCUUAAAAUUAAAUUUACACCCCAAGACGAAUUUUCAUCCCCUUUUUAGCCCCCUUAGGGAUUGAAUUUCCAAAAACGUUGCAAUUACUUUUUUUUUGUAAUCGGCUAUUAUGUCUUUCUAAGAAGUUUCUAAGCAUUUGUAAUGGAUUCAAACUUUGAACCCCAUUUUAACCCUGUUAGGGGAUGAAUUUUACAAAUCGCUGAAAUCACUUUUAUUGUCUUCUAAUAAUAUCCCCAAAUACAAAGAUUCAAAUCCCGCGCUCGAAAAAAUGCAUGAUAUCCAUACAAACUUUCAACCCCAUUUUCACCACCAUAGGGAUGAAUCUUCAAAAACACUGAAAUUAGUUUUUUGUAUUUUAAUAUAAUACCUUUUUACAAAGUUUCAAUUUCCUAGCUUCAAAUAAAAUUUGCACCUGAAGACGAACUUUCAUCCCCUUUUUAAUCCCCUAAGGGGUUGAAUUUCCAAGAACGUUGCAAUUACUUUUUUUUGUAAUCGGCUAUUAUGCCUUUCUAAGAAUUUUCAAAGCAUUUGUAAUGGAUUUAAACUUUGAAACCCAUUUUAACCCUGUUAGGGGAUGAAUUUUACAAAACGCUGAAAUUACUUUUAUUGUAUUCUAAUAGUAUCACCAAAUACAAAGAUUCAAGUCCCGCGCUCGAAAAAACGUUUGCUAUCCAUACAAACUUUCAACCCCUUUUUCACCACCUUAGGGGAUGAAUUUUCAAAAACGCUGAAAUUAGUUUUCUUGUAUUUUAAUUUAAAACGUUUUUACAAAGUUUCAAGUUCCUUGCUUAAAAUAGAAUUUGCACCCGCCGACGAACUUCCAUCCCCUUUUUAACCCCCUUAGGGGAUGAAAUUCCAAAAAACGUUGCAAUCACUUUUUUUUGUAAUCGGCUAUUAUGCCUUUCUAAGAAGUUUCAAAACCAUUUGUAAUGGAUUCAAACUUUCAACCCCUUUUUAACCCUGUUAGGGGAUGAAUUUUACAAAACGCUGAAAUUACUUUUCCUGUCUUCUAAUAAUAUCCCUAAAUACAAAGAUUCAAGUCCCACACGAAAAAAUGUUUGAUAUCCAUACAAACUUUCAACCCCUUUUUCACCACCUCAGGGGUUGAAUUUUCAAAAACGCUGAAAUGUUUUUUCUUGUAUUUUAAUAAUAUAUCUUUUAACGAAGUUUCAAAUUCGUAGCUCAAAAGAAAACUUUAACCCCAUACAAACUUUCAUCCCCUUUUUAACCCUGUUAAGGGAUGAAUUUUACAAAACGCUGAAAUUACUUUUAUUGUCUUCUAAUAGUAUCCCCAAAUACAAAGAUUCAAGUCCCGCGCUCGAAAAUUUUUUUGAUAUCCAUACAAACUUUCAACCCCUUUUUCACCACCUUGGGGGAUGAAUUUUAUAAAACGCUGAAAUCAGUUUUCUUGUAUUUGAAUUUGAUACUUUUUUACAAAGUUUCAAGUUCCUAGCUUAAAAUAAAAUUUGCACCCGAAGACGAACUUUCAUCCCCUUUUUAACACCCUUAGGGGUUGAAUUUCCAAAAACGUUGCAAUCACUUUUUUUGUAAUCGGCUAUUAUGCCUUUCUACGAAGUUUCAAAGCAUUUGUAAUGGAUUAAAAUUUUCAACCCCUUUUUAACCCUGUUAGGGGAUGAAUUUUACAAAACGCUGAAAUUACUUUUCCUGUCUUCUAAUAAUAUCCCUAAAUACAAAGAUUCAAGUCCACCACUUGAAAAUUUUUUUGUUAUCCAUACAAACUUUCAACCCGUUUUUCACCACCUUAGGGGAUGAAUUUUCAAAAACGCUGAAAUUAGUUUUCUUGUAUUUUAAUAAUAUAUCUUUUUACGAAGUUUCAAAUUCCUAGCUUAAAAGAAAACUUUAACCCCAUACAAACUUUCAUCCCCUUUUUAACCCCCUUAAGGGUUGAAUUUCUCAAAAUCGCUUCUUAUCUCUUGUACACUUUAUAAAUGCAAUCUGGUGUGCAAAUUUCAACUUUCUGGCUUUUGUAGUUUCGUCUCUGCGUUGAUGAAUCAGUCAGUCAGUCAGUCAGGACACUUGCAUUUAUAUAUAUAGAUAUAUUUAUUAUUCAUUAGCAUUUCAAUUAUGUAUAUGUUUAACGAAGAUAUUGAAGCUUCAAUUAAUAGCUAUUUCGUUCCGCUGUGUAGCGUUUAUCGAUAUAUAACAUGAUUAAAAUCGACUUUUCACAUCCCUAAAAGAACACACAUACACGCUUUUACGCACACAUUCACAGCCUGGAUGCAUCAAAAAAGGCAACACUUGAUUUGAAGUUCACCUUGUCAGCAGUAUGGUUGUCCUUUUUUGACAAAUGGCAUUUUAAAAGAGCGAGGAGAGAGAAAUGAUACUAGUUGCUGCGCCGUCAAAUAGAACAAUAAACGUAGGGGCCUUGGUAGAAGGCUUUGGAACGUCAAGUGGUUUAACUUGGGUAAAGUUCGGUAUGAGGUGGCAUUUUUGUCGUAAUGUUGGUAUAUAGACUGGUCGAGCAUGUUUGCCAACUUGACUUUGAGGCGGGAGCGGUGAGGCUCCGCCGCAGGUCUUCUUGAUCGGACCGCGCUAGAGAUCAAACGUCAGCCAUACCUCGUGCCUAAUUCGCCACGUUCCUGAAGGCCAACGUUUUUUAACCAUUAAGCUAAGUGUUUUAUUUCAAGUGUUAUUUUGAUUCCUUAUGUUUCAUUACCAGCUUACUUUUGUGAAAUAAAGAAAGGAUGUGUUAUUUUGGAAAGAUGUGUCCCGCUGAGUUUGUUGCCGGUCCCGUAUUGGGCUAACUCUUCUCAUGUCAAGUGUGUAUAUUGAAGCCGGCAUAGCUUGACUUAAAUAAAGAUUUGAAAGAUUGUA